UUAGAAUUUCCUGUUUUUGCCUCUAUGCCGUGUACCGGUUGCCUAUUUGCUUCUCUUGAUUCCAUUUCCCAAGUGUACUUAGCGUUUCAGUAGUGAAGUGACAUCCACCGAACGAGUGUUGCAGAUAAUGUUGUUUGAUAUUUUACACUCUGACAUGCAUUUUUUUGGUUCUGGUGUCUUAUGCUGUGCUUUCGAUUGUGGCACUACUUGGAUAUGGUGAAUGGUUGAAUAAAAAAAUUGGACCAUUUGUUUCUACUUGCUUUUAUGUGGUUGACAUGCAACUUGUUUGUUCUUCCUUUUCUGUGGUUGACAUGGGCUGUAUUUGUUAUCUGGAGUAAAUAAAUAUGUAGCAAUAUGGCUAGGGCAGAACUUCAGGGUGGUUGAUCCGAUAAGUACUAAGAGCUUUUGAUUGACUUCUUUCCUUUCGGAAUUAGCUUGUGACAAGUCUUACAUUAGUAUGAGUUAAUUGGUUGUAUAUGGUGAUGAAUUUCAUGAUAACAAAAAUUGGAAAUGAAUUGUGUAUGUUCGUUCCCCCCUCUUUAAUUCUCAAUGGACAUUGUUAUCUUUUUCUUGACCUAUCAUUUUGACUAAAACUUUUGGGCGAUCUAUACUUGAAAGCAGGAGUUAUUCAAUAUGAUUGGUAUUUUCAUGAUGCAUGUAAAUGUUUAUGGUAGUGUGAAAAUUUUGAAGUGACUGGUAUAUUACUCGGUUACUUGGUGAAAUUUAAGCAGAUAAGGUUCAGAAUAUCUUGGAUGAAAGGAAAACUUCACCACAGGAAGAUGUUCGAUUGCUUCGUAUGGGUGGUUACUUUGAGUAUUAAUUCGACGCUUGCGCAAUUAUUUUCAUUGUUCAAUCUAAAUAUUGCAUAAUAUUUAGGUUAGGUGCUUAUUUAUGGUUGACCAUCACUAAUGUGAAUACUGCUAAUUUUUAGGUGCAAUUUUUUGUUUUAAAAAAACUAAAAUAAAAAAUUGUUAAUUUUUUUUUAUUAAUAGUUGGCAAUGAAAAUGUGGGGUGGAAGAUCUAAGUCCGGGGGAGUGGCUGUAGAAUGAACCACCUGGGUUGGAAGAUUUGAGUCCGUGAGUGGCUGUAGAAUGAACUACUCUGGGUCAAGUUCGUGAGAACUACACUGGAGUUGGUAUAACUAUUGUGGGCAGAGGAUUUAAGGAUUUAAGUUCUUGAGCUGCUGUAGAAUGAAGCACUCUAAUAGGAGCUCCUAUUCACAUGGAUGGACUUGUGUUUUGAAAUUAGUUUCAUCAUUUAAAUUUUGUUUUUUUUAGCGCAAAAGAAAAUAGUUAAAAUAGGGGUUGGAUAUUAAAUAUUGUUAAGUUGCAAAGUUUUCGUUCGAAAUAUUUCACUUCAAAAAAAUAUUUUAUGAAAAGUUUACGAAAGGUAUGAUGAUGUUGAAACUUUUCAAACGACGGGGUAUAUUUGAAACGAUGCGCAUAAUUCAGGGGUUUCAUUUUAAUUUUUGAAUUUUGAAUUAGCGAAAUUAGAAUGAAGCGGAUGUGAGGCGUCCAGUUUAGGCGGAAACUAGACUCCUAAAAUCUCUGGAUGGAGGUAACGUGUCUGGCCAGGUGUUAGUAUUACCCGUUGCUACUCGUCCGCGUGCCCUUCCAAAACUUGGUCAACAAACCUUUUUAUAUCUCAAGCUCCUCCAGACUCCAGUCCCAUCCGAUUACGAUUGGAAGAAAUGGCUUUCAGACGGACUAAGCUAUGGAAAUCAAUGCUGGUGGGAAUUCCAAGCAGGAUAGAAGGGAAGCGCUGUUUUGCGUCGUCUACCACCGCUUCUUCUUCUUCAAGUUCUAAGAGCGAGUACAUGAAGGGGGAGUACGCCCCAAUCUACAUUGUUAUGGGGAUGGUGGUGGUUGCCGUGACGAUCGGAACCCACACCGCGAAGCAGCAGCUGUUGCAUUCGCCAGUGGUGAUGCUGAGCAAGAAGAAGAGGGAGAGCAUUCCGGAGGUGGAUGACCCCGACACCGUCAUCACAUCCGCCGACAAGUUUGUCAACAAAUCAUUUCUUAGGAAGGUGGCUCACAUUCAGGACCACAACAAAACGCUGCGCGAUCCCCAACACCCCGAUCCUUUUACACGGCCUCGAAAUGCUGAAACUCUCAAAACGGCUGGAGUGGAUCCUACCCACUCCCGCUAGCUGAACAACCUUUCCUUCACUUUCCCCAUGAUUCAACCCAAUGUUACGUUAUAUGUACAUACAUAAUGGCCCCUUCUGCUCUGCUCCGCUUCUGCUUCUAGAGUGAAGUACUAGCACGCAUGUACUGGCGGCCCCCUGUUUGAUUAUUUGUUUUUAUAUAUAAUAAACCAAACAAUUGUGCAAUCCCGGUCCGGGAGCACGGAUCCAUGCCA